UUGGAUAUCCAAAAAAAUUAAAUUGAUUUUUCAGCACCUAAAAAAUUGUAUAGAAGUUUUAUUUUUGACCGCUUUGGGCUUGAAACAAAGAAAAAUGGUUGUGUAUAAAUAGUAGUGAGGUGAACCCAGGGAGUCCAGCCUCCCUCCGAAACGAAAACCCUAACUCGCUGAAUCCAUGUCUAGAUCCGGAACUCGUGUUGUGGUCCAGCCUCCCUCAGAUUCGUCUUUCGACGAAGACGACGAUGAGACGUCUUUUGAAGAAGGAGAAGAAGAAGAGCAGCAAGUGUUGGAAGGAAAUGGAGAAGAUGAAGAAGAAGAGUCGGAAUCCGAAGGAGAGGAAGAGGAAAACCCCCAAACCCAAUCGUCUCCGGCGACGAUUCCGAAGCCAAAGGAAGUCCAGAAACCUGAAUCCUCUUCUGAAUCGGAAACCGACUCCGAAUCCGGGAAUGAAUUCACCAUAAAACCCAUUCUCUACCAGAAGGCGCCCGAGUCAUCUCCGAAGCCCACUUUGGACGAUGUUGGGAAGAAGAAGAAGAAAAACAAGAAGGAGGACAGUCCUCCUAAACCACAGGAGAAAAAGUCUCUGGGAAACAGAAUUUUCAGUGACCAUGAUCAGAUUGCACUUCUCCAAGGUAUGAUUGCAUACCAGUCCCAAAAAGGGGCUGACCCUUAUUCAGAUAUCUCUGGUUUUUAUGAUUUUGUCAAGGAUGCAUUACAUGUUGCUGUUUCAAAAGCACAAGUGAAAGAGAAAAUUAGGAGGCUAAAGAUUAAGUUCUUGAACCAUUGUCAAAAAGGGAAUGCCUCUUCUUCUCCUAAUCCUACUGAUGCUGAGAUCUUUUCACUUGCAAAAGAGAUCUGGGGACCUGGACAGAAUGGUGGAAAGGGGAAAAGGCCUCUGGAGGUUAAAAAUACGAGUGGUUCUAAUAAAAAGACUGUUGAGGCCCCCUUGGAUUCACCCAAAGAUGUGAGUGUGAAGAAGAAAGAAGAGAAGAGAAAGGCACGUAAAGAUGAAGAAAAUGUGGAGAAGAAAAAGAAGAAGCAGAAGACUGCUCAAGACGAACCUCAUACUGCUGCUACUAAAGAUGUUCAGACCACUGCUGUUGAGAGGGAGGAUACUCAGACCACAGCAGUUGAGGGGGGAAAUGACCAGACAGAUGGAAAGGGAAACGGCAAACUGGUUGCUAUGAAUGGUGUAGCUGAAGUUGAAAGGGAGAAGGGAGGGCCGGAUUUCCUGUCCAAAUACCCUCAUUUCCUCAAUUCUUUCACUGCGAAAUACUAUCCAUUGACACCCGAGGAGGCACUGGGUAGAUGGAAGGAAAAGGCUACUCUGCUUGAUUGUUCUGUGGUGGAGAAGCUUGAGAAGAAAUGGGUCAAUGUGUGGGAAGAAUAUUCUAAACUUGGUGGGAUGAUUGCAGAUUUGGUUUCACUGCAGGCUAGGUUGGUGCGUGGCGAAGAGGUAACUCUGUAGAUGGCUUCGUGUAUUUCUUUUUUUGUUGUCGAGCAUGAUAUUAGGCAUUGAUGAAGACUAAACUCAAUGGUGUUGUGCUCAUUGACUAAAAAGCAUGGCUCCUCAUGCUCUUUAGGCUAGAUGCUUUAAGUUGGAUGCUAGUUUCUCUUUUGCUUCUUUUGAUGUUUUGGUUCGGUUAGUUAAUGGUGAUGAUGCUCUUUUGAACUGAAAAUGGCUCAUCAUUGUAGAUGGUAACUUCAUGUGUGAUGUGGUUUUUUUUGGGCACUAUUCCAACAUCAUAUAUCCUAUCCAGAAAUAGAUAUCCAUCUACUCCUAAAUUUAUGUGGUUGUUUUUGAGACAUGAAAGAUGUAAAUGCUUCUAAAUCUCUAUCUUAUGUUGGCCUAAAAGUGGUGAGUUCUUAACCCUUGUUGAUUUAUGAACUUUGCUGGCAUUUUGGGCAAUUUCAGUUUGUAAAAGGAUUUCGAGGGAUUAAUCUUUUAC